CAGCGGCUUUCCUGGCAAGCCGGGAGUACCCCGCCCGGCAGGGACUACAGAUCCCAGGCGGCGCCGGGCAGCCGCCCCUCCCGCCCGGGUGCGAGUGUAAACUCCGGGCGCCUGGGUUGGCGGCCGCCGCGGGCCAGCGGGCUGAGCUCUGCACUGCGCGGGGGCGCACCGCUCGGGGGACCCAGGCCCCGCCACCUCCCCUCUGGCCCCAGGCUCGCUUCUCACUUUGGAGCAGUGGGAGGACGGGAAGCGGGAGCCAUGCAGUCGGAAUCGGGGAUCGUGCCGGAUUUCGAAGUCGGGGAGGAGUUUCACGAAGAGCCCAAAACCUAUUACGAACUCAAGAGUCAACCUCUGAAGAGCAGUUCCGAGGAGCAUCCUGGGGCCUCCAAGCCUCCAAUAAGCUCCUCCAGUAUGACAUCACGCAUCUUGCUACGCCAGCAACUCAUGCGUGAGCAGAUGCAGGAACAGGAACGCAGGGAGCAGCAGCAGAAGCUGCAGGCGGCCCAGUUCAUGCAACAGAGAGUGCCCGUGAGUCAGACACCAGCCAUAAACGUCAGUGUGCCCACCACCCUCCCCUCUGCCACCCAGGUGCCAAUGGAAGUCCUUAAGGUGCAGACCCACCUCGAAAACCCCACCAAGUACCACAUACAGCAAGCCCAAAGGCAGCAGGUAAAGCAGUACCUUUCUACCACUUUAGCAAAUAAACAUGCCAACCAAGUCCUGAGCUUGCCAUGUCCAAACCAGCCUGGCGAUCAUGUCAUGCCACCAGUGCCCGGGAGCAGCGCACCCAACAGCCCCAUGGCUAUGCUUACACUUAACUCCAACUGUGAAAAAGAGGGAUUUUAUAAGUUUGAAGAACAAAACAGGGCGGAGAGCGAAUGCCCAAGUAUGAACACGCAUUUACGAGCGUCGUGCAUGCAGAUGGAUGAUGUAAUCGAUGACAUCAUUAGCCUAGAAUCAAGUUAUAAUGAAGAAAUCCUGGGCCUGAUGGAUCCCGCCUUGCAAAUGGCAAAUACGUUACCUGUCUCUGGAAACUUGAUUGACCUUUAUGGGAAUCAAGGCCUGCCACCACCGGGCCUCACCAUCAGCAACUCCUGCCCAGCGAACCUUCCCAACAUAAAAAGGGAGCUCUCAGCGCAUAUUUUUCCCACAGAGUCUGAAGCAAGAGCAUUGGCCAAAGAGAGACAAAAAAAGGACAAUCACAACUUGAUUGAACGAAGAAGAAGAUUUAACAUAAAUGACCGCAUUAAGGAACUAGGUACUUUGAUUCCCAAGUCAAAUGAUCCAGACAUGCGCUGGAACAAGGGAACCAUUUUAAAAGCGUCUGUGGACUAUAUCCGGAAGUUGCAACGGGAACAGCAACGUGCUAAAGAGCUUGAAAACAGACAGAAGAAGCUGGAGCACGCCAACCGGCACUUGUUACUCAGAAUACAGGAACUUGAAAUGCAGGCUCGAGCUCAUGGACUUUCCCUUAUUCCAUCCACGGGUCUCUGCUCUCCAGAUUUGGUGAGUCGGAUCAUCAAGCAGGAACCCGCUCUUGAGAACUGCAGCCAAGACCUCCUCCAACAACACGCAGACCUAACCUGUACAACGACCCUGGAUCUCACAGACGGCACCAUCACCUUCAACAACAACUUUGGAGCUGGGACCGAGAGCAGCCAAGCCUAUAGCGUUCCCACGAAAAUGGGAUCCAAACUGGAAGACAUCCUCAUGGACGAUACUCUUUCUCCUGUUGGCAUAACUGAUCCACUUCUUUCCUCGGUGUCCCCUGGGGCAUCCAAAACCAGCAGCCGAAGGAGCAGUAUGAGCAUGGAAGAAACCGAGCACGCUUGCUAGCAAAUUCCCCCUGCUCUGCAUUCCCACAGACUGCUUCCUUUCUUGAUUAGCAGAUUUAAUAAUUUACCUGAAGGGGUUUUCUUGAUCAUUUUCCUUUAAUAUGAAAAUUUUUUUUUCAUGCUUUAUCAAUAGCCCAGGAUAUAUUUUAUUUUUAGAAUUUUGUGAAACAGACUUGUAUAUUCUAUUUUACAACUACAAAUGCCUCCAAAGUACUGUAUGGUAGUGUACAGUAUCUGUGAACUGAAUUCACCCCAGAUUUUGGCUUUCAGAGCAAGAGGAUUUUUGCAUCAGAGAAAUUGCUGUCCAUUUUUAUUCAGGGGAAACUUGGUUUGCUGUUUGCAUGCCUGUGACUUCCUUGGAAAUGAAAUGUAAAGUUUAAUUGAAAGAAUGUAAAGCAACGAAAAGAAAGAGAAAGAGAGAGAGGAGGAGGGUGGGGAAGAGAAGAAGAAAAAGAAAUCCAUACUAACACUUUUCCAUUUUGUAAAUGUAUUGAUUCAUUGGUACUGCCUUAAAGAUACAGUACCCUUUUAGCAUCAUUUAGUCUUUAUACUGCAAACUAUUUAAAGAAAUACUAUAGUCCAUAAAAGAAAAAAAAUGCAACCAUUUUCACGUGCAUUGUCUGGUUAGAAAAUGUAACUGAUACCUUAGGUGCAACUGAAAUUGAAGGGAGAUAUAGACCAAGGCUCUGAAACAUGGGGUCUCAUCUUGUUCUCAUUCAUUCUGUGCUCUGUUACAGUUUUCCUCAUCAGUGAGUGUGAUUCAGUUUUUCAUAAGAUAUAUUUUAUUUUGAAAUGGAAAUUAACGUCCUCUCAAAGUAAAAUGUUGAGGAGCACUGAAAGUUUUCCUCCUUUUUUUUUUCCUCUUCAAUUUCGCUUUUGAUAAGAAAACCAAACUGGGCACAUUUCUAAUUGGCUUUACUAUUUUUAUUUUUAAAUUAUGUUUUACUGUUCAUUUGAUUUGUACAGAUUCUUUAUUAUCAUUGUUCUUUUCAAUAUGUUUGUAUUAAUUUGUAAGAAUACGCAUCUUAAAAUGGCAAGUUUUCAAUAUUUUUACAACUCACUGGUGGUUUUCCGCAUUCUUUGUACACACAUGAAAGAAAACUUUUAUGCAAGGUCUUGCGUUUAAAGAGAGCUUUGUGAAUAUUUUGUAUAUUACAGUCUCACUCAGAACUAUUUUCCACACAUUUAAGCUGUAGUAUAAAUAGGCUAAAACCGGCUUUCUAGAGAGAAACAACUUACAUAUUUAUUUUUAGUGACAUAAAACUAGCAAUAUCCUUGGAGAAUGAUACCAUAGCGUUAAUAUGCCCGUUAUGGUCGUUUAAAUUGGGGUUUAUUUCAGCAGACCUGCUGAAUGGUUUUUAAAGAGAGAAAUACUGUAUUGGCCAAUUACUGUUACUUGAUAACAAUGUUUUAACAAACAGCAAUGUUGUAAAGUUAGUUUCAGUGCAUUAUCUACUUGUAUAGUCCUAUGCAAUAACAGUAGUGUUACAUAUAUUGUAUCAGGCCUAGAUGUUCUAUACAGAUGACAAAUGGUGUUAAGAGGCAGGCUGUUGAAUGGAGUUUCUCAGUAGCAGCCUACAGUUGAAUAGCAAGUGGUAUAAAGCAUAUCCAUUCAGAAUGAAGUGCCUUAAAUAUAGCAGAGUAGUCUCUAGCACUGACUGAACUGUAAUGUAGGAGAAAGUCUCAAGAUGGUAUCUAUAAUCAAGAGGAACGUGUAGCAUGGUGCCUAUGUAGACAAUAUAAGAGCUUCCAAUUUUCCUUCAUAUAUUUUUAAUAUGAAAUAUAUUUUAGUGACAGAGUGCCAACUUCUUUCAUCAGGAAACCUUAUUCAGGAGGUAUUUGUGUGUGUGUGUGUGUGUGUGUGUGUGUGUGUGUGUUUUUAAAGAAAAACAGUUUAAAUGUCAACUGUGAAUUGGUGAUGGAUAUUGGAGGGUUCAGACAGAAGGACUGUCAGAUGUAUGAAUGGAUGGCUUACGUGAAAAUAAUCAACCGCAUAGUUACCAUGCACGGUGGGCCAUGAGAAUCCUUGGAAACAUUGAUGAUGCUAUCAGUUUUACAGCUUUAUGACUUAAGGGGGUAGGGAAAAUUAGUUCCCAUUCUUUCAGCCCCCUUAAUUGUACAGCUCUUUUCCUAGAAUAGUGAUGCAAAUCUGCAUGAACAGCUAAUUGUACCAUAGUGUUCAUUGAUACAAUCAUAGCAGUGUCUCUUUUUCUCUUCAUAUUUAUAUAGGGGGAGGGGAACUGGGCGCAAAAGUCGAAGAUCGCGAUGAUAUGAUGCUAGUUUUCCUUAGCUGAUUUAGAGAGUUCUUAAAAAUAGAGCAAGUUUGACUCACCCAUGGCCCAGGGAAUUUGGCCAGGGUUAAGCCACCUUAUAGAAGGCUUUGUGGAAAGAAAGCAUGGCUUCUCGUACCACUGCCCUGACGCUCGCAGCUCCUGAGGUCACCAUUGCCUGCUUCUCCAUCCCCUUCUUAACACAAUUUCUGGGAGGGGGAAGGUGAGCAAGCUCAGGAGAAUGCUGCAAUCUCUGGGGUGGUUUUAUUUAUUUCUUUUUUGCCAACUAGAGUGUGGAUGCGUCUUAGAGACUAGCUAAGCCAAGAGGCGGUGGUUUGAGCUCAGUGUUUGUGACAAGGAGAAUGGUCCACACCACUCCCCCCAUUCCUGGGUGCAGAAUUGUGACUUGGGGUUGGGCCUCCAUAUGGAGUGACCAAAAUGCCAAACUUGUCCACCUGCCUCUGGGUAUGGCAAUGGAAAUACCAAACCUUCUGACUUUGCCAAAAACCAUACAACCAACCUGGUCAUACAUAGGAUGACAAAGUUCUUUCUGGUUGUUUUAAAAUACUAAAGCAAUAAGAACAAAUAAAAUACAUAGGAAGUUAAAAGAUAUAAAAUAAAGCACAAAGGAAUGCACUUACUAAUAUUUUUUUUAAAUGCACUGGGGAAACGAUGUUGAUAACAGUAUAUAAAAACAUCCCUAUUUCUUGAAAAAAAAUGACAAAUGACUGUCUCUUGCGGACGCUUGGUACUGUAAUGUUAAUACUAGUCACCUGCUGUUGGAUGCAGCAAUAAUUUCUGUAUGGUCCAUAGCACUGUAUAUUAUGGAUCGAUAUUAAUGUAUCCAAUGAAAUAACUGAACUGUUGUUCUUGAUAGCCUCAUUAAAGCAUUUGGUUUUUCACGUA